AGAAUAGAUAUCCAUGAACCAUGAGGUUGAUUUCCAGUUUUUCUUCGGUCAUCAUGAAUACAGCACUCUCGAUGUGUCUACUCUUACUGUUAUAUUAUAACGGCUCAUUAGUUUACUCUAAAAACCACACCAAAUGUGACGGGAUUUAUCGUAAAGGGCGUAUAUUACAUGGUAGAUUUGCGCUGUUAAGUAGCUCCAGCAUUACGGAAUGUGCCAAGCUUUGUUUUUAUAGACAACAAUGUAAGAGUUUCAGUUACUGUUUCACGAAAAAAAAGUGUAUUCUUUGCAGAAGUUUGAAAGCGAAACUUGGAGAAGAUGCCGACUCUGUAUUUAGUUUAAUCAAGACAUGGAAUCCGCGAAUUGCUGGAAGCUGCUUCAAUCAUUCAUGUAAGAUCAUGGAAAUGUGUUUACCAGGAAAAAAUGCCUACUACUGCUUACAAUUGGACAUUGACUGUGGUGUACCACUCCAGUUAAACUCCUCAGUGAUUACUUGGAUAGGUAAGUGGUCUGUGGGAUACAGGUGUUUGGUGGAUUUGAAUGGAGAAUAUGCUAGAAGAUCAGAUUGUCAGGAUUACGCAGUUUGGUCGAAACCAAAAGCAUGUCCUUAUUCGUGUAAACAGCCAUAUCUUGUAUCGUUCAAUAUGAUAAACAGUACUUACAGCGAAAGUUCCUGGAGGUAUGAAUGCCUGAAUACCAAUACAAGUUGCCGUAUGAAAACAAUUUGGCAUGACGGAUCAAACCAUUAUCUCGAUAUUUCCUGUACAAUGACGAAUAAUGGAAGCAGUCAGUCAACAAAUUUCAGUUAUUUUUGUACUAAAACUGAAAUCGUCGGUAAUUUUAAUCACAUUCGAUCCUGCUCACCACAGAAAUUUCGACACGGUUGUAAUAUAACAUGCGACGUACAAACAAAUAAGGACAACGAUUAUCCGAAAAGAAACUGCACACGAAGACUUUUUUGCAGAUGGCUGAGGUUUCCUGAAGUUCAGCCAAUACACUUUUGCAUACGUCAUAUAAAGAUAGAAAAUGGUACGAUAAGUUUUGAAGGUGUGAUGAAAAUGGUGUGUGAAGUUUUUGAUCAAUUUUCCAUUGAAGCUAAUAAAAGAAAACUCCCAGCUAGGUUGUUAGAUUUUCAUGUUGGUGUUUGGAAUAACACUUUGACUGAGAAAAUAGGAAGCACAACAAUAGACUCAGAGAAAGCGGACCCCUCUCAGACCGAAGUAUCAAAAACAAGUGACACAAGUGAGAAUCAAGAUGGGUAGUGUUGAAUCAAAUAAGGACAGAAAUCCAUAACUCCCAUUAUUUUAUGGAACUGUGAAACGACUUCGUAUAGGAUAGUGAAUUGAACAUUUUGAGCAGUAAAGAAGAAAAAAACUUUUUAAUUUGUUUUCCGUUUUAAAGUUGUCAGCUCGCAAUUUCAAAAAUUUUGGUCUCAUUUAUAUAUUCAUUUAUUCUGUUAUCUACGUUGAAUAUUUGCUCGAGAAGAAACCCAUUUUCUUCGACGAUCUUCAAUGUCGCAGGAAGUUCCGCUGCCGCUUGUUCGUCACCUGAUGUGCUUUUACCUUGCUUUUUAAGGAAGUGAUAACUUCUUCGGUUUUUAAAUGUCAUAAACCAUCCUUGACUUACCUUGAACUCUACAUCUUUCUCAUCUGGAUAUUUUUUAUUCAGGUCCUCGAACAAAAACGACGCUUUCUCCUGAACAAUUUCUUGACUAAGAGUAGCAUUUUAACGAUUCUGCCUAACAAUCCAAUUAGAUAAAAGACUUCCCAUUUCUUCAAAGA